AUGCUGAACACCAAGCACAAACGCUGCCGCGCUACUUCGCCGCCCAGGCCAGGAAAAAAAAAUGCCCGGAUCAAGCCUAAUAAGGAGACGUCAGGACGGACAGUGGGCGGGUUAGUAGCGUGUGCGCAACGCCCGCUUGGGUUCCUCCCACUGAUCCGCCGGGACACGCGUGGGGUUCCUGGCUCGAUUCGCCGUGAUCUGGGCCUUUCAGCGGCGGCAACAGCAGCAAGACUUUCCCCCAAAAUGCAGGAUCCUAAUGCAGAUACAGAAUGGAAUGACAUCUUGCGUAAAAAAGGCAUCCUUCCUCCCAAAGAAAAGCUGAAAGAGAAAGAACAGGCGGAAGAAGAAAAGGAGCAGCAGAUCCUCCAGCAACAAUCAGUUGUUAAGACCUAUGAAGAUAUGACUCUGGAGGAACUUGAAGAAAAUGAAGAUGAAUUCAAUGAGGAGGAUGAACGUGCUAUAGAAAUGUACAGGCAGCAGAGAAUAGCAGAAUGGAAAGUGUCACAAGAAAAGAAUAAAUUUGGACAAGUUUUGGAGAUCUCAGGACAGGAUUAUAUUCAGGAAAUUACAAAAGCUGGCAAAAAUAUCUGGGUGAUACUGCAUCUUUACAAGCAAGGUAUUCCUCUCUGUGCCUUGAUAAACCAACACUUAAGUGGACUUGCCAAGAAGUUCCAGGAUGUCAAGUUUGUCAAAGCUAUUUCUACAACUUGCAUACCCAACUAUCCUGAUAGAAACCUCCCCACAAUCUUUGUCUACCUGGAAGGUGACAUCAAGGCCCAGUUUAUUGGGCCACUGGUAUUUGGAGGCAUGAAUUUGACAAGUGAUGAAUUAGAAUGGAAAAUUUCUGAGUCAGGUGCCAUUAAGACAGACCUGGAAGAGAACCCCAGGAAACAAAUUCAAGACCAGAUGAUGACGUCCAUCAAGUGCUCUGUUCCAACAAAGAGAGACGAAAGUGACUCAGAGGAGGAUUAAGGCCUCAUGUGCAGCUCUUUGCUGUGCCAAAUUACUCAGAAUUACUCUACAAUGAAACCAGAAUAUUUAUUGCUAUAAAAUACUGUGUUUUAUUUCAGCCUGACGAAUAUCGGUGGU